CGCUGAAGCCUCCAGCGGCUGUUUUUUUGAGGUUAUGAAAUGUGUAAACAAGUGCAUUUGCUCCUCGUUAAAUCCCGAUUUUUGAUAGUUUUAAGUGAUAAAUCUUGCAAAAUUUAUUGUUAAACCAACCAUGGAGAACUUUGGGAAUCGCUUCAUGGAAAUCUUGAGUUAUCCUCUGAAGGAAAGAUGCUAUCAACUGGGUCUCCUGAUUGAACACUGCAGUAUCAAGGAGCUCCAGGAAGUUUUUCCCACUCUCGUGAACUCAAUCUUCAGGUCAAACAAUGGAGUCGGAUGGGGAUUGAGGUCUUAUGUUGCAAAUAUCAGUAUGUAUGAAUUCAACAUUCUCUAUGAUUUCUUCGUCCCACUGGGGCCCAUGUUCCGGCUCUGCUACAAACUCCUCAAUGACGCCUUGAAAUUCGAUGUGCCAAUCUCGACGCUGCCCAUUAAGAUGCGUCAAAUGCUAGAGAGUGGAAGAUAUCCACUGUUUUAUUCCGAUAUGAUCAAUGUUGAUCAUUUUACUCGUCAAGUCACUUCGGUUUCUUUCAAUGCAUUUGACUACUACAUACUACACUUUGCACUGUAUGGCCUGGCUCCGGUGCACACAAUGUGCCCCAUGGCUCAGAGAGUGCACACAGAGAAGUGGAAGACAGUUUAUUUCUUCCUGACAGCCGAUUAUCUCUGCUUCUUCCUGCCCAAGGACCCAAACGAACCGAUCCUGCCACAGAAUAUCUGUGGCAGCAUUAAAGCAGCCCAGACUAUCCAAAUAAGUCCCGUUAAACCAACAAGAUCUCCGGUGUACCUCCAACUUUCCGCCCUUACUCGUCACUCUCCUAAUACCAUUACGGCUUCACGGGGUGUCGAACCGUCGUCUUGGACACAUGCCUGGAGAACUGAAUCUGUGCUGUAUCUCUUCACGGACACCUGGCUGAGAUUUAGUGUGGAUGAUAGUAGGGAUUUGCCGAGCAGUGAAUUUAUCAGAUUAAUCAGGAUUCUCGUGAAGCAGGGUCAUUUGUUUGCAAAUUCUGCCGAAAUUGAUAAUACCUCGGUGUCUCAGCUCAGAAAAUUGGCUCAAGCCAUGAUGAAUGCCCAGAUGUAUUCCUUUCUAACAGGGAUCAUCUCGCGCUGGCCCCUUGACUGUUCCUUCAUGGUUGUUCUGGAGCUCUGGCUGAGCUAUAUUCAACCAUGGAGGUACAUCUUUGGUUUUGAUCGCGAAGCCAGUGACAUGAAUGACUUUGGAGGUGUUCUGAGAUUUGAAUCCUUCAUCCAGGAGAAUCUCUGCGAAUAUACUCAGAUCUUCAUUCAACUUCUGCCACGGUUUGAGUGUCUAGAUUUAACUUCACUGAAGAAUGUUCUCAUGAUCUUCCGGAUGAUGAAAGUUUUCAAUCAGCCCCAUCUCGUAGAUGUCCUCUUCAGGCUAGAGAGAUCCAUGGUAUCUAGCUCCAACGGGCUCAUGCCUAAACGAUACUCACCAACACAAUAUUCACCCAGCAAAUCGCCAAAUACAAUGCUGGACAAUAGUUACGUGUUCAUGUUCAAUACUCCCGUCAGGGAGAAGAUUGAGCGGCUCCUAAAGAAGAUUAAGAUGGCCGAAAUGGUGGCCAGGGAGCAGAAUCGACUGGCUGAGGCAAAAUCGAGAGAAGAGACUCUUCUGGAAAUUUGGCAGAAGAUCAGAAACUUCUUCAUGGACACAGAGGAUUAUGUGGAAAAUGCCUUGCAGCAGGAUAAAAAGAGAAUUCCAGAAGUUCUGCAACUUACUGCCCAGCUGAUAGGUUCGGCUUUUGAACUGGAGAUCCCGGAGAUCUCUGAGACAGAUGCAGCCAGGCAGGAAUAUCCAAAUGCAACACCGGAAGCUUUAUCUUCCAUUCACAAUGACUCUUCUCAAUUGUCCUUCACCCGUUUCAACAGUACAAAAUCCAAAAUUCUGGACUAUCGUGGAGAUCCAGAUUUAAUGCCUAUCCGGAGCAAUGAAUGCACGCCUCUUGUGAGAUUUCUCCAUCAACUCUCGUGCAAAUUGAACCUUAUGUUUGGUCCCGACUUCCAGAGAAUCUGGCAGCGGAAAGACAUUUGGGGUGUUCUUAUGCGCCCCCUUCUGGCACCUCCAAUGAUGACGGAGUACAUCGAUAAGUCUUCCGGCAGAGCAGUGUUCCGGGAAAAGUAUUUGGGACCUCGGGUUAGCCUCAGGCCUUUGGCGUCCUACAAAACAUUCUUUUUUAUCGCACUUGCUGUCACCUUGGGUAAGUUCUUCUUCAAUUCCUCGCUGGCGGGUGUUUUUGUGCUGAUUUUCAUCUGCCUCUGUUGCUCCUACAUCGCUUCAAUGGUGAGACAUUUGAGACAUGAAGAAUUUUCGGUAAAUUAAUGCAAUUUUAUUGAAGUAUAAAAUGAUUACAAAUGAAUUUUUCUAAGUCCAA